GGCGGAAGUGCUGCUUUAGCGUAGCGCGAAUUUUCUACAGAAGGUCUCAAGAUUGUCAACCUCACCAUAGCUGUUCACACAGGCAACAGCCAUUAGCUUUGGUGUGGCUUCCAGGAAAGAGAUGGCUGGUGGUGGAGAUCUAAUGGAAGGUGAUCUGGAAGAUGGGGAGAUUUCCGGGUCCGGCUCGGAUAAUGAGAUGGGAACCACCACCGCCGCCGCAGCACAAACUCGACCCCAGGUUCCUGCAGCUUUUAGCGGCCAGUCCUUCCACGACAGAGCCGCUGCCCAGCACUCUGCAGCCGCCUACCGCAGCACUGGUAGGACGGUGGAGUCCAGCGACAGUGACCCAGACUCGUCGGACGAGGAGGCCACUGUUUGGCGCCGGAAGCGGCAGAAAGUCUCCAAAGCUCCCCAGCAGCAGGCCUGCCCCACCCGGCCAGAGCCGACCCGCAUGCCCGUCCCCGGAGCACCGGGAGGCCGCAAGGUGAACAACAUCUGGGGCUCUGUGGUCCAGGAGCAGUGCCAGGAUGCCGUUGCUGCUGAGCUGGGCAUAUUUGGCAUGGAAGGCGAAGUGAGCAUGUCCAGCAGAAAUGUGGAGACGUACAACUUCGUCCUGGCCCGUAAGAUAAUGGAGAAGGAGAGGGAGCUGGAGAAACUGGCGAAUGAUGACGGAGAGGUGAGCAUGCUGGACGCCCAGCUGGAGGAGUACAUGAAGGACCGGGACUCAGAGGAGAGGCCAGGAGGUGAUGCCAAGAGGAAGAGGCCAGCUAAAGAGAGACUGGGCCCCAGGGCGGAGAUGGACAUCAAGGGCCGGUAUGAGAUCACAGAGGACGACUCUGAGGAUAAGGUGACGGAUGAGAUAGCACACAGGCUGCGAGAGCCAAAAAAAGACCUGAUAGAGCGUAUCGUCACAAUCAUUGGUAAGAAGAAAGCCAUAGAGCUGCUCGGAGAAACUGCCACGCUGGAGGAAAGCGGCGGUGUGUACACCAUGGACGGCAGCAGGAGGAGGACGCCUGGCGGGGUGUAUCUCAACCUGCUGAAGAACACACCCAGCAUCAGCAAGUCCCAGGUCCGCAAGAUAUUCUUUGAGGAACAGCAGAAAGAUUGCAAGAGCAAGAAGGCGGCCCAGAAGAGGAGGCGGUACAUGGUGGCCAAGAAGAUGAAGCAGGCCAUCGGCACACUGAACCUGCAGGAGCACGAUGAUGUCUCCAGGGAGACUUUUGCCAGUGACACUAAUGAGGCCUUGGAGUCAUUGGAGGAUGCUGCGGACGAGGAAGAGGAGGGUCAGGAGGAAGCUGCUGUGGGCAUUGAGGACACGGCAGCGGUGGUCUACAACUCUGCAGACCUGGAGGUCUUUUGAGGGAUGCCUGCUGUCUGAACUCUGGAAGGUUUGAACAAGGACAUUUAGGAUUACAAAUUACAACAGCACACUCAAAGCACUGCAUAAGUACCUUCUCUACUAAGUACAGAGUCUCACCGGAGUGUCCUUUCUUUCUUUUUUUUCUUACCUUAGCAAUAAAAGGACAGCUUAUGUUUAAAUAAAUAUUGUUUGUUCUCUGGUAAAGCAUGGAUUUGUAGAUUCCAGCACAUGUUAACACAGUGAUUUGUGAUACAAAUGUUGUUUGCCUUUAAAUCCAAUUCUUAAUAAUCAAAAACUUACCUAGCUUGUUGAAGCAUAUUGGAGUCACAGUGAAGCACUCUUGUUGAUUUUUAAAUAUGGUAACUUUUUUUUGUUCUAAGUUUUCAUUAGUAUAUAAUAAGACCUUGAUUUAUUAAGGAAAUUUGUGUGGAACAUAAAUAAA